AUGGCUCACAUGGUAUCUCCCAAGGCCAAGAGACUCAAGACCACACUUGCGAUGUCGAAAUUUUGCACGUUCUGUACCCGUGCCGGGAUGCAUGAGAUUGGAUACGUGGAGUCGUCCCUUGGCUCUAUCCAACCCGAUGAUGAAGGCUCUGAUGAGCAUCCGGAUGCAGAGAGAUCCCUCGACUUGGAUAUGGAAGAUGGAAACGAAGAUUACAUAACGGAAAGCGAUGCUGAAGAAAUCACGGAAGAAGAAGAAAGUGACCAAGGCGGGGAAAAUCGCUUGUCAGCGAGAAGGCAGCCACAAACGUUGUCUGACAUCAAAGAAUCCAUGGAUACUUGCCUUCUCUGUGAAAAGAUUUGGUCGGCUUUUGAGAAAUGGGCCACAGAGAAGUACGGUUCUCUCGACCGCAUAGACCUAUCGACAUCGGGUGUCACCAUUUGGCCGACGGAGCUUUCGGAGAAAUGGAGACUUUAUGAAGAAGACACAUCUGAUGAAACAUAUACGGGAGGAACUCUGUCGAUUCUUCGGGUAAGGAUUCGAGUGCAAGAUCCUGAUGACUCAGAGGAAUGGCUUGAGCCUGAGGUCAAGUUUCAAAAGUGCAACGAGAGCAUUUUGAGGGUGGCCGACAUUUUUGACACCAAUAACCGCCACGUUGACGUUGAUGACCCGCUAUCGUGGCCGGAUACAGAACCGUACAUUGGGAGGAGACGGCCUCUUGUGGCGGACUUGCGUCUGUUUCGAAAGUGGAAGGGUUUCUGCGAUGCGACUCACGAUGGAAAUUGUCAGCCUGGACGAAUUCCACUCGGAUCAAGAUCUCUGCGGUUUAUCCGACUCAUCGACGUCAAGACAUACUCUAUAGUCGAGGUGGAAGACAUCAAGAAAGUCUCAUGGGUAGCGAUAAGUUACGUCUGGGGCAAAAAGCGAUUUCGCACGCUGACAGAGGCUACGCUUGAGGAGCUUAAAAAGGAGGGCGCUUUGAAGGCAUCGUGGAUCCCGGAGACCAUUGCAGAUGCGAUCGAUGUUACGAGAGGUGUCGGAGAGAAGUAUCUUUGGACUGAUAGCCUGUGCAUCAUCCAAGAUUCGGUUACUGACAAGAUGCACUUUGUGCCGCGCAUGGACAUCAUCUACGGACGUGCAACUCUUACUAUUGUCAAUGCAGCAGGAGACAAUGCAUUCAGUGGUUUACCGGGUGUCCGAGCCGGAACGCGGGUUCAACAAGAGGAGCCAUUCUCGAUCGAAGGCGACCAAGACAAUGAAGACGAGCCCACAUGGCUUGUUCAAACGCAUGAACCGAUACGAACAAGCCGCGAACUCGUCGGAGACUCUUGUUGGUUCACGCGCGGAUGGACCUAUCAAGAGGCUAUGCUCUCACAGCGUUGGCUUAUCUUCACUCCCGAACAAGUGUAUUGGGAAUGUAGACAAGCAACUUGGCGAGAAGAUGCAUGUUGGGAACUUCCUCAAUGGCGUGAGAAGAAACAAACUGUCAUUUACGAUCCGGCAUUUGAUAGCCAUCUCUUACAGGAUCUUUGGAAUCCGUCCUCAGCAAAGAGUUUCGACAUGACCUACCAAACACUUGUGGGUAACUACUUGAAGCGGGAUCUUACCAACGAGAAUGACGGUCUCGACGCGAUAGGAGGCGUCUUGAGGGCUGUGACAGAGGUAACUGGGUUCGAGUUCCUCUGGGGCUUGCCUAAAGAGUUUUUUGCUGUCACGAUUGCCUGGCCGUGCUGUCUACAACGGCCGCAUCAGCGGACGGGACGAUGUCGUAUCGAGGUCGGAGGCGGCGAUGAGAGUGGAGGAGUCAAGACAGUCCAGGCAUGUUUCCCUAGCUGGUCGUGGGUUGGCUGGGUAGGGGAGAUCUGGACCGAGCCUAGCGAUUUCGUGGGUCCCACUGCAGGCUUGGAGUUCUAUCACAUUGUGAGCAGCGGCACGGGGGAAGACAGUCUUGUUCUGCAGCACAUUCCCCACAAAGGAAAACCUUCGCAAGCUGCAUACGAGCCGUCGCGAUGGAAGAACCCCGUUUGGAGAGGAGAUACAGGCGCUGAGGUCAGUCUGAAGGACAUACCUGCCGCGCUGUUGGUACCUGAGACACAGUUCUCGCUGUUAACUCUGUGGACUAGCAUCGCGGAACUCUCGUUUGAGAAAGACACGAGAGUGCCCGAGGAUAGCGACUGGGAGGACAUCUAUGGCUUGUGGGUAGAUGAAGAUACACAAAUGGACGUCAUCUGGGACCAGUAUCCGGAGUUCAUCAAGGACUGGAAGGGAACGAAGGCAGAAGAUCGCUUGAGGAGGCGGGUCGAAUGCAUCGUCAUUGGACGAGAUAGCUUAGAUAGAGGCCGAGAGCAGGGCCGACUUAGCGUGCUAUUGGUUAAGAAACACUCAAGCGGUGGAAGAUCGAGGAUCGGUCAUGUAUGGUUCUGGGAGCACGAAUGGGAUCAGCUGACAAACAGGAGAUGGGAGAUGGUGUGGCUUGUAUGA